AUGUCUGAAUCUGAAAAAAUGUACAUUUCGUACAAUAAUAUACACCAGUUAUGUCAAGAAAUAGCUCCUAAAAUCAAGGAAUUCAAACCAGAUUUAAUCAUUGCUAUUGGUGGUGGUGGUUUUAUCCCAGCUAGAAUGUUGCGUUCCUUUUUGAAAGAACCUGGUCAACCAAACGUUAGAAUUAUGGCUAUUAUAUUGUCGUUGUACGAAGAGAUUGAGAGUGAAAAUGGUAUUGAAAAGCCAGGUACCCAAGUUGUACGUACCCAAUGGAUUGAUUAUCAUCAGUCUAAAAUUGACUUGGUUGGCAAAAAUGUCUUAAUUAUUGACGAGGUUGAUGAUACCAGAACAACCUUGCAUUACGCAGUCAGUGAAUUGAAAAAAGAUGUGGAAGAGCAAUCGCGGGCCAAAGGUGCAGACCCCAAAGAUACGAAGUUUGGUAUUUUUGUAUUACACGACAAACAAAAGCAAAAGAAAGCUGAAUUGCCCGAUGAGAUUAUGAAGACGGGUAAUUAUUUUGCUGCUCGGUCUGUCCCUGAUAGUUGGAUUGCUUAUCCAUGGGAGUCGACUGACAUUGUUUAUCAUCAAAUGAAAGCUGAAGAACAAGGAAAUGAUGUGUUUCUUCCUUCAACCACUUUAGGGUAA